UAUUUUAUCCAAAUAAAAAAAUGAAAAUAACUUUGUUUUCUAUUUUAAAAAAAAAAAAUCCGACAAGACGUUGGAACCAAAACCAGAUCAGGAUUUUCCCACUUCCUCAGUUGCUCUCCUUUAUUACAACGUAAGACAAAAGAAAAGACCAGGCGGAUCUGAAAGCCAAACAAGUGCUCCCUCCAUGUCUUGAUCCAUUCAUGUCUUAACAAACAAAAUGGAACGGUUGCUCAAAGCUGCAAGAACUUCCGGUUCGCUCAACUUAUCCAAUCGAUCUCUCAAGGAUGUGCCGGAAGAGGUCUACAGAAGCUUGGAUGCUGCUGGGGAAGGUGAAAAGUGGUGGGAGGCUGUGGAGCUACAAAAGCUAAUUUUGGCACAUAACAAUAUUGAGUCAUUGAAAGAAGACCUGAGGAAUUUACCUUUAUUGAAUGUGUUGAAUGUUAGCCACAAUAAGCUUACUGAUCUUCCGGCUGCGAUAGGACAGCUUUCCAUGUUGAAGUUGUUGGAUGUGUCUUUUAACUCUAUAGUGGCAAUACCGGAGGAGAUUGGCUUAGCAACUUCUUUGGUCAAGUUUGAUUGUUCAAGCAAUCAUAUUAAGGAACUUCCAUCCUCACUUGGAAAAUGUGCAGAUUUAUCAGAUCUAAAGGCAUCAAAUAAUGUAAUAACUAGCUUGCCAGAAGAUCUUAUGAAUUGUUUGAAAUUGAUGAAACUAGAUGUGGAGGGGAACAAGCUAACGGUUUUAUCUGAGAAUUUGUUCAGAUCAUGGACGAUGCUUACAGAACUCAAUGCAUCAAAGAACUUGCUGAGUGCCAUACCAGAAAACAUUGGAUGUCUUUCACGUCUCGUCCGUCUCGACCUUCAUCAGAACAGAAUUUUGUCAGUCCCACCAUCAAUAAUGUUGUGCUGUUCCCUAGCGGAAUUCUAUAUGGGGAAUAAUGCACUGUCAAUGUUACCAGAGGAGCUAGGUGCUCUUUCUCAUUUAGGGACAUUGGAUCUUCACUCAAACCAGUUGAAGGAAUAUCCAGUAGGAGCAUGCAAGUUAUGCCUAUCAGUUCUGGAUCUUUCUAAUAAUUCAUUGACUGGAUUGCCUGCUGAGCUUGGCAAGAUGACUACACUGCGAAAACUUUUGCUCAGUGGAAACCCUUUGCGAACUCUAAGAAGUUCACUGGUUUCUGGACCUACACCUGCUUUAUUGAGAUAUCUUAGAAGUAGACUUUCUGAUGGUGAAGAUGAAGCUAAAGCUCCUGCCAGAGAGGAAGUAGUCACUAUGGCAGCUCGAUUGUCACUCACUUCAAAGGAACUUUCUCUAGAGGGCAUGGGUUUAAGUGUUGUCCCAUCCGAAGUAUGGGAAUCAGGUGAAAUCAUAAAAGUAAACCUUUCCAGAAAUUCCAUCCAAGAGCUGCCACUUGAACUCUCCUCAUGUUUAUCCCUUCAGACUUUAAUUUUAUCAAGGAACAAUAUUAAAGACUGGCCAGUUGCAAUUUUGAAGUCACUUUCCAAUCUUUCUUGUUUGAAGCUGGACAAUAAUCCACUAAGACAGAUUCCAUCCGAUGGAUUCCAAGCAAUCUCUAUGCUCCAGAUACUAGAUCUAAGUGGGAAUGCUGCUUCAUUACCAGAGAAUCCGGCAUUUUCCAGCUUACCACACUUGAAGGAGCUUUAUUUGAGACGAAUGGAACUACGAGAAGUCCCAUCAGAGAUAAUGAGUUUAUGUCAACUGCAAAUCCUGGACUUGGGCCAAAAUUCCCUUCAAUCAAUCCCAGAGGGACUUAAGACCCUUACAUCUCUCACUGACCUGGACUUGUCUGACAAUAGCAUUUCAGCA